AUGAGCUACAAAGUUAACAAUAACAAUAAUGAUGGCAAUAACAAUAGCGAGAUCGUCAUAGAUAUACCAGAUGAGCGCAAUGCUCUGAAUGUGAAAACUCAGGCUACUAAAAACUCUAAUCCUAAAAAUCAGUUUAAUAAUUUUACAGACUUAGAGACAAAAAUGAAGAUCUUUGAGUAGUAGAUAAUUGCAGAAGGUAUCAAGAAAUAAAAUUCGCAAAAAUAAGAUUUUUCAGCAAACCCAAGUCCUAUGAACAAGCAAUAUACACUCACAAGACAACAUUCAGAAUAAUACAGACCAUCACCAAAUAAUAGUGAUUAUCUUAAGGAUAGGGAAAGAUAAAUAUCUUUACAAAAAGCAGCACCAUAUAUGAAUUAGUUCAAAAAUCGUACAGAAAAAGCAGUUCAAGAGAUUAAUGUAAAAGACUAAAAUAUAAGCUAUUAAAGAUUUGAUCCCUCAUUAGACAAUAAAGAGAAGAAAGUACUAUUUUUGAAAAUAAAGAUUCUUGAAAUGUAGUUAAAUCUUCAAAGAGCUGAAGAUUAUAUUGACAAAUAGCUUCCUAUAAACACUUCAUCAAGAGAGUAAUUAAUGGAAAACCUACUAGACUAUCUCCUUAGUGAAGAUUAAAAGGAGAAAAAUAUGAGAAGAAGUAUCAAGUCUCCAAAGAAAAAAUAAACACAAAAACCAAAUCCAUUAAUAUUUCAAGGACUCGCAAACAUAAACAUGGCUAUCAGUUAGGAGCUAGUCGAUUGCACCCCUAAAACAGGGUUGAUAAAGUAGAAUCAAAUAGUCAAUUGUAAUAUAUGCUGCUAAGAUAAACUAGGCACUCAAACAAUAUAACUAUCUUCUUUUUGCACUCAUUCUUUUUGUAUUUCUUGCUUAGAAAAAUAUAUCUCUUUUAGAAUUUAAGAUGGGAAAUGCACACAUAUUUACUGUCCUCAAGCCAAUUGCAAGAGUGUUCUCAAUGAUAAAGAAAUUUAAAAAAUAAUAUCGAAAAGUUCUUUUCAGUAAUAUUUAAAAAUAAAGAAGCUCUCCCUCAUAAAUAACGACAAACAAAUUAGAUAUUGCUAGAAAGGAAAUUGUGAUAGUUAUGUAAAAUUUAGUCCAGGAACUUAGAUAGAAGCUUGCUAAUAUUGCAAUUCAAAAGUAUGCUAUGAUUGCUACAUGCCAGCUCAUAAAGGAAUGACAUGCGAGCAGAAUAUGGAAAAAAAACUACAGGCUUUGAUACACGCAAUAAGGAAAGGAGAUUGUCCUUCCUGUAAAAAUAGUAUAAUGAAAAUAUAAGUUGAAAAUGCAGUCAGAUGUCCAACUUGUAAUUUCGACUUUUGUUGGCUUUGCAAUAAGAAAUAUAGCAAAUAUCAUUAUCGAUUUUGGAAUUUUUGUUGCGGUUGUCCUAAUAUGCUAGAAGCAAUUGAGUAGCCUACGUUCAUGAAUAAAUUUAAGUAUUUCCGUAAAGGUCUGUUUAGAUUUUUUGUGAUUUUGCUUAUGAGCUUAGUUAUGCUAUGUGGUUAUGCUGUAAGUCUGAUUAUUUUGCCUAUAUUUGUACCAGGCGGAGUAUUCUUAUAUUAUAAUUACAAGACUUUCGAAAAGCGUUCAAUGUUUGAAUAAUUUUUAAUAGGUGUAAUUUUGCUAGCAAUUGGAAUAGUAGGUUACUUUAUUUGGCUUAUUUUAUGUAUAUUCCCAGGCACUCUAAUGGCUUUAAGAAAGUUUUAUUAGAUAUCUGAGGCAUAUCUUGAAUCAAUAGGUUAUAAAUGA